GCCCGGAGUUGUGAGGGAAGCACACUUUGCGAGAAGUCCGGCAGACGCACGCCAUUGUAUGAAUUUGUAAAAUUGCAGCACUUUUUACAGAGUUACAGACAUGGCGACGGACUCGUGGGCGCUGGCAGUGGACGAGCAAGAAGCCGCGGCGGAGUCGAUAAGCACCCUUCAGUUAAAUGAAAAAGAAGACAAACCAAAAUCAGAGGAAAAUGGUGCUAAGACAGAGGGAGAAAAGACAGAAGAGGAUGACAAAGAUGACAAAGCAGCUCAGUCACUACUGAAUAAGCUGAUACGAAGCAAUCUAGUGAACACAACAAAUCAAGUGGAAGUUCUCCAGAGGGAUCCAAACUCGCCACUCUACUCAGUCAAAUCGUUUGAGGAGCUGCGAUUGAAACCUCAGCUUCUUCAAGGUGUUUAUGCCAUGGGCUUUAACAGACCCUCCAAAAUUCAGGAAAAUGCUCUGCCCAUGAUGCUUGCAGAACCCCCACAAAAUCUUAUAGCUCAGUCUCAGUCAGGCACGGGUAAAACUGCAGCCUUUGUCCUGGCAAUGCUCAGUCACGUGGAUCCCAACAACAAAUGGCCUCAGUGUCUGUGUGUGUCGCCUACAUAUGAGCUUGCCCUCCAGACUGGCAAGGUCAUCGAGCAGAUGGGCAAAUUUUACCCUGAAGUCAAAUUAAUGUAUGCAAUCAGAGGAAACAAAUUGGAGAGGGGGAUGAAGCUCCAGGAGCAGAUUGUGAUCGGCACCCCCGGCACAGUCCUGGACUGGUGCCAGAAGCUCAAGUUCAUCGACCCCAAGAAAAUCAAAGUGUUUGUGCUGGAUGAGGCAGACGUUAUGAUUGCCACACAGGGUCACCUAGACCAGAGCAUCCGCAUCCAGAGGAUGUUGCCCAAAACCUGCCAGAUGCUCCUGUUUUCGGCCACGUUUGAGGAGACUGUGUGGAACUUUGCUAAGCGUAUCAUCCCUGAUCCCAACAUCAUUAAGCUGAAACGUGAGGAGGAGACACUUGACACAAUUAAGCAGUACUACGUGGUCUGCAACAGCAAGGAGGAGAAGUUCCAGGCUCUCUGCAACAUCUAUGGGGCCAUCACCAUCGCACAGGCCAUGAUCUUCUGCCAUACCAGGAGAACAGCAGGCUGGCUGGCAGGAGAACUGUCUAAGGAAGGCCACCAGGUGGCGCUACUGAGUGGAGAGAUGCAGGUGGAGCAGAGAGCGGCUGUUAUUCAGCGUUUCCGUGAAGGCAAAGAGAAAGUGCUGGUUACCACAAACGUCUGUGCCAGAGGUAUUGAUGUGGAGCAAGUUUCUGUGGUCAUUAAUUUCGAUUUGCCGGUGGACAAAGAUGGAAACCCUGACAACGAGACCUACUUGCACCGGAUUGGGCGCACAGGGCGAUUUGGCAAAAGAGGGCUGGCUAUCAACAUGGUGGACAGCAAGUUCAGUAUGAACGUUCUCAAUCGCAUCCAGGAGCACUUCAGUAAGAAAAUCGAGAAGCUGGACACAGACGAUUUGGAUGAAAUUGAGAAAAUCGCCAACUGAGAAGAGGAAGACCGUCUCUUCUCGUCCAGCAGCACUGUGCGUUCUCGCAGUGGUUUUUAAUUUGUAAGCUGAGAGCAGAACUAUGCCACGGAGGACGUUUUGUAGGGAAUGUGGAAAUGUCUUCUCAGAUGGUGUCUAUAGGUUUUAACAUUUUAAUCCCGUUUCGCUCUUUGUACUUCUAAAUAAAAUCCGAAUGUGUAGUC